GGUGACAGCAGCACUGCGUUUCCUCAGCAGAGUUUAGUCAACUCAAUGCACCGCAAGAAUACAGUCUGCGGCUUGUACAUGUCGCAUGUACUACGGGUCGCGUGCACUUGUGUAAUAUUUGUUCGUAAUAUUUAUCAAGGAGUGAUAUUCUGAUAAUGUAUCAGUGUUCGAUGCAAACACACUGUCAAAUCUCCACAAAAGCGGAAGACGAAAUCAGCGUUAGAAUUUUACAUCACAUCUUGGAUAGUCCUUCCGACAAAUUGCAUUUGCGUCCAGACAAAAUAAAGUGUGAAUCAAAACUUAUUCUUUUCCCAAGAAACUUGCAGUACGCAAUACUUAAUUGAAGGUUUUUUCAAAACUGUUUACAUGUUUGUGCACGUUUGUCAAUAAAACAAUGUAAGGAAGAUACGUAUAUGUAUAUGUAAGACAUAAAAGAAGAUAUAAAUGUGUGCCACAACAUAUAUUGCGAAUCAUUACGGAAAGUUACAUAACAACCUCACAAGCAAGCUUGAAUAUCACAAUCGAAUAUAUUUAUAUCGUUUCAAGUGCUGUAUACGAAGAAUGAAUCCUUAUUUUUAGAGUUGAGUGUCCAGUCGAUCAGGUCAAAAAAUCGUUAACUUUUUCGAUUAUGCGAUUUGUGUGAGGAGAAAAUUUAUAGCAAAUAUACCUCACAGUUCUCAUCUCUGAACAAGUAACGCCAGUAUUUGCUGUGCGAAUGGCUCGAUUGUAACAUAAAUGUACGAGAUAUUUCGUGAACCGUGUUUUGCGAAAAAGAUGUUUACUGCCAUUUGACAAACAUCAAAAACACUCACGUAGUUACCUGUGGUUUGAAAAAGGCUGGUUUAAGUGAUUCGAAAAGAACAAGAAUAAUCGUCCGGAUAUUUUUUAUAAAAACGUUUUCGGACACAAUGGCGACGGAAGAAGACGGGACAAAGGACUGGAGCAUCGCCAGAACUGCCAUCUCCCUAUUGUUGAAUAACAAACUCGAGGAAGCCGAAGCUCUGUUUACCGGACAUCCUGAUAGCUUCCACGUCAAAGUUAGCCGUUGCUUUGUUUCCUUCAUGAAUGCUAUAAUGACAUACGAAGAUGACAAGCUCGAGCAGGCCUUGUCAAUGCUUAAAGAGAUGGAACGAGAAUGUGCGGGCGAUAUAGGAUGGCUGAAAUCUGUGAAGAAUAAAAUGUUUCGAACGCAAGAAACCGGUAAGGACUAUGUGAACAAAUUAGAACGGCAAAUCGUUCUGGCGGAUUUGCAAGUUUGCGCGGCCAUACUAUCGUUUGUCGAACACGAAUUAUCCAGAUACAUGCGAGGCGGCUGGAUGCUGCGCAAGGCUUGGCGAGUUUAUCAGCACGCGUAUACGCAAAUCUCGCAAUUGUACCGUCGCACCUUUGGCACAAGUCCUACCGUACUCAGUCCGCGUGGAACUCCCACAAGAAACGAACCGUCUUCACAAAACCCACAAAGCCCGCAGAGUCCGCAGAGCCCGGAAUCUUCGGAAUGGUCGAUAUCGUCCGACAACGAUUACGUGACACCUGUUUCGUCGCCAUCAGGUCUGCGAAGCUCACUAUCAAUGUUCCUCUCGCUCACUGGCAUCACGUCACAACAACAGACACCCUUUGUGGAACCUGCGGAGGUGACGCGUUUAAUGUCGGCAGUGAGUUUCGGCUACGGUAUAUACCAAUUAUGCGUGAGCCUUUUGCCACCGUCCAUGCUAAAGGUAGUCCAGGUCUUGGGCUUUGAGGGUGACCGACAGAUCGGACUUGCUGCUCUUAUGUACGCACGUCUCAGCGAAGAUAUGCACGCACCGCUUGCCACAUUAUCUCUACUUUGGUAUCACACAAUCGUCCGUCCGCACUUUGCGAUCGAUGGAUCGAAUGUGACAGCGGGCGUCACAAUAGCGAAACAGCUGAUAACCGAGUCUUAUACCGAAUUUCAUAAUUCUGCCUUCUUUCUCUUCUUUGCCGGUAGAAUAGAACGUCUCGAGUCGAAUCUCAGCGCGGCAAUUGAUACGUACGGUAAAGCUGUGGAAGCUUCGUCCCAGCAGGAACUCAAACAGCUGUGCUUGCACGAGAUGGCCUGGUGUCAUUUGAUAUGCUUGAAUUACGAUGAAACAUGGAAAUGUUUGCAGCAGAUGAAAGGACUAUCCAAAUGGUCCAAGAGCUUUUAUAUGUACAUAGGCAUGAUUUGUUGCGGAGCAAACGGCAAACAUGACUUCGUCCUAAAAAUUUACAACAAAAUACGUCACUGGUUUCGCGAUAAGAAUGCGACUCGUAUGAAAGAGACGCAACUCGGCGCGUUUAUUAUGCGUAGAGUGCCGAAACUCGUCAAUAAAGAAACUGGAAAUCCGCAAAAAGAUCAAUAUUAUAGAUUACUCGUAUACGAAUUACUGUACUUAUGGAAUGCUAUGCCGUCCUGUUCGAAUAAAUCGCUGCGGUUCAUAUUAAAGGAUUGUAAAACUGCAAAUCGUUCUGAGGAACCAAUGGUGGGUUUGGCUGACCUCUUGCAAGGUGUGGUGUAUUCCUAUUUGGGACAUCUCGAUGCGGCUAUUACAUGUUAUCGGAACUGCGUGGAACGUAGAUCAUGUCCGUCCAAAGAUGAGGACGAUCAGCAUAUUAGCGCUUUUGCUCUUUACGAACUAGGAAGUACUCUUUAUUACAAUAACAAUUCUGAAGAAGGCAAAACUUUUAUAUUGAAGGCGCAGAACCAGUACAAAGAUUAUGAUUUUGAUGCUCGACUUAACGUGCGCAUACAUUUCAUUUUGAAAGAUGAAGAACUAAAGAACGUAGUGGAAAUACGCGAUGAGUUGAAGAGCAAUUUGAGAGAAGUGGCUAAUGUAAUUCCAAAACUGUCAGAAGCUAUUCUUAAUCUAAGGAAUGAGGUGUCGGAGGAAAUGAAUUUACAUACGGAGAAUUUGCUAAGGACUCUGUCGCUCGAGACUGUGAGAAACGAAUUGCAGACAUAUGACGCCGAUAAGACUGGAAGGACGGAUUACGCCCUUGAAAGUUCAGGUGGUGCAAUCUUAUCGACGCGAGACACCGAACCUUACUCGAUUGGUGCAUCUGUACUCAACUUGUUCGGCAUACCGCUUUGUCAGCAGCAAAAUACACCGCGCGCUUUGAUACAGACUGGCGUUUUGCCGGGCGAAUGCUGGGCCUUAAAGGGCAGCAGCGGCAGCGUAGUGAUCCGGUUGCUCGGCCAUGUGCACAUAUCCGGAGUCAGUCUCGAGCACAUCUCUUCGUCGAUAUCCCCCACCGGGGAAACCGCCACCGCGCCUAGAGAUUUUUCUAUUUGGGGUUUGUUGGAUCUUGAGGACGAGAAACCUUUCUUAUUUGGCAGGUUCGUGUACGACAACACGGGUUCGCCAUUGCAGUAUUUUGACGUCGAGAAUCGAGCAAACGAGGCAUACGAGAUAAUCGAACUCAAAGUUCAUUCAAACAGUGGCAAUCCGGAGUACACGUGUAUCUAUAGAUUACGAGUGCAUGGUACGCUAGAGCGAAUACGAAAGUGAAUCUAGCAAAUACUUAAAAAAAAAACCAUGUGUUCAAAACACAUAACAUUUAAUCAAAUAUAAUUAUAACUUAAUUAUAGAUAUGUAAUUCAAAUAAUUU